GGCCUUGGGUAAAUAAGAAGGUGUCUUUUUCUUGGAAAGUCUUCUUCUUCAUCAACUCUUUUUUCUGCAUUUAUCCCUCAACAGUACUGCUCACACAUCACACACACACGCACACACACUGAACAUUAUGUGUGAUUAGACAGGCAUAUAUAUGCAUAUAUAGCAGAAAAACGUUCCAAUUAUAUUGGAAUAAUGGGAUUUCUGAAAGAUGAAGGCGUGGUUUACAAGCCCGUUGACAGUGUUGAUCUUGGCCCUGACAGCAAGGAAGUUUAUCUCCGAGCCAAUGUUAAAGCACCUCGAAUGGCUGGCUUUCUAGUUAAAGUUUUUGCUUGGCUCUUGGAGUCAAGAAUAUUUGGAGGUCUUAUGUUAUACAUCCUCAAGAGAAACAAUCUGAUUCAUAAGCUAGUUUCAUUUGCGGAGUUGCAAGAAUCACCUCUUUUUGUGCCAUUGCACCCUCAUGAAGGGCAUGGUGAAGAAGAAAAAUGCACCAAGUCUGAUCAUCUUUCUCCUGUGGAACAAGUUCAAUUGGCUACUGAUUGUCUUCAAACUUCAGAGGAAAUGAAUAAAAUUAAUCCAAAACUUAGUUUUCAACGCUGGACAAUACUGGAUUAUUCAAGAAGAUAUAUGUCUCAAGAAGUAACCCCUGUCAUGGUAGCAAAGAAGUUUAUAGCAGCUGUAAAUGAAUCAUCCAAGCCUUUACGACCUAUGUCAUUCUUUAUUGAUUUCAAUCCUGAAGAUAUAUUACAACAAGCUACCGAAUCAACUCAUCGGUAUGAACGAGGUGAGCAAAUAUCUGUUCUAGAUGGAGUUCUGAUUGCCAUUAAAGAUGAAAUAGAUUGUCUACCAUAUCCAACCACAGGAGGUACAAAGUGGCUACACAAAGUAAGACCGUGUAUUGAAGAUGCCUGCUGUGUUAAACGCCUAAGGUCAUGUGGUGCCAUUCUGGUCGGGAAAACAAACAUGCAUGAGCUUGGAGCUGGAACCAGUGGGAUAAAUCCUCAUUAUGGGACAACACGAAAUCCUUAUGACAGCAGCAGAAUUGCUGGUGGUUCUUCUAGUGGAUCUGCUGCUGUGGUAUGUGCAGGACUAUGCCCUGUUGCUCUUGGUGUUGAUGGAGGAGGAUCCGUACGAAUGCCGGCUGCUCUCUGCGGUGUUGUUGGUCUCAAGCCAACAUUUGGACGUGUACCACACUCGGGUGUUCUCCCUCUGAACUGGACAGUUGGGAUGGUUGGGAUACUAACUGGUACAAUUGAAGAUGCACUUAUAGUGUAUGGAGCUAUCAGUGGCCCAAUAUCAUCAGAUCAAUCUGCUCAAGUAAUGGUAUGUGGAGAUAUUACUUCACAUUCAAAUGCGGAGCCUAAAGUAUGUUUUCCAUUACUUAAGGCACCAGAGUGCAGAUCUGACAUCAAACUGGCAAAAUAUGGAGAGUGGUUCAAUGACUGCACUGAUGACAUAAGAGUCUGCUGUUCAAAUGCUUUGGCCAAAUUAUUUGAUGUCUAUGGUUGGAAGACCAUAGAGGUUACCAUGCCAGAGAUAGAGGUGAUGCGUCUAGCACAUUACUUGACCAUUGGCUCUGAAUGUAGUACUUCAAUUGCCUGUCAUCUGGAAAAGUUGGAUAUGGCAGAAUUGGGAUGGGAUGCUAGGGUAGCACUUUCCGUCUAUGGUGCCUUCAACAGCAGGGAGUACUUGAACGCCCAGAUGAUUAGGAACCGGCAGCUGCAGUUUUACAUGAAAAUAUUUGCCAAGGCAGAUGUCAUAGUUACACCGACAACUGGUGUAACAGCAUAUCCAAUAAAGGAUGAUGCUUUGAAGACUGGAGAGUUGGAUUACAUAAAUGGAGCUGCACUAGUUCGAUAUCAGAUAGCAGGGAACUUUUUGGGAUUGCCGGCAGUGACUGUUCCAGUUGGAUAUGAUAAAUCAGGAUUGCCAAUUGGUCUUCAAUUCAUCGGGAAGCCAUGGUCCGAAUCUCUGUUAAUCCAUGUAGCCUUCGCAAUGCAAGCACUAUGCAUAUCAGAUUACAGAAGGCCAGAAAUUUUCUAUGAUUUGCUAAGCAAGGAUUAAGUCAUUGACAGAAUUCUACAUGUACUGGCCUUCUCAUUUCCAGGAGAUUAACGAAGUAUUACCAAGAUAAAAGCAGUAAAGGACAGGUUAAUUAGCAUCCAUCUCUUCUAGAGUAAAGGACAGAUAAAUCAAUGUUCUUUGGUAUGGCUGUGAUAUGCAUUUAUUGUGUCCUGUUUUUAUACAUUUCCAAGUCUUUUUUCUUACAUGUAAUGGUACUUUUUGUCACUGUUUUGAAGUAUGUCUAUCAAAUGUUUAUCUUAAAACUGAAUGGUAAUGCGUACUUUAUUGAAUAGAAUUGUGCACUUUAAUAAGCA